UGCUCAAGUGCCUAUAACCAUACGCUUUACUGCCUCACUCUCACGCCAGCUUCCUGUCCUCGUCCUGCCUUGCAAUCCUGUGCAGGCCGCCCCGUACACGAAUCUGGGCUGAACUCAAUCGUCAGCAGGUACAACUAGUCCGGCCGGCCGGCCGGCCAAGAUGGAGAACGCCGACAUUGUGAUUGCCACGGCCAUAUUCGUCCCGUUCUUGGCCAUGGUACUUCUCCGUUUGUGCAUACGCUGCGAUGCGUGCUUCGCCGUCCGGAGGAGAACGGCGACGACGCAACCCUACGAGGUGGUGCCCGACCACCGGAUCAGGAAUGUGACCAUCGAGAAAUUCCUCUCGGAGAUCAAGCACGAAAAGCCGUUCAGGUUUGCGCCGCCGCAGAUCGCCGGCUUCACGCAAAACUACUCCACCCGGCUCGGCGCCGGCGGCUUCGGCACAGUGUUCAAGGGCGAGCUCCCCAACGGCCUCGCUGUGGCGGUUAAGGUUUUCCACAGCAGCCUCGACCAGAGGUCCGAGGAGGAGCAGUUCAUGGCGGAGGUGGGCACCAUCGGCAGGACCCACCACAUCAACCUCGUUAGGCUCUUCGGCUUCUGCUUCGACGACGACGUGCGCGCGCUGGUGUAUGAGUACAUGGAACACGGCGACCUCGGCGCCUGCCUCCUGGACCAGGGCCGCGAUGUCGGCCUCCCGGCGCUGCGAGACAUCGCCGUCGGCGUCGCGAGGGGGAUCCGGUACCUCCACGAGGAGUGCCAGCAGAAGAUCGUGCAUUACGACAUCAAGCCCGUCAACGUUCUCCUCGACGGCGACCUCACGCCCAAGGUCGCCGACUUCGGGCUCGCGCGGCUGGUGAACCGCGCGGACACGCACGUAUCCAUGUCCGGCGUGCGAGGCACCCCUGGUUUCGCCGCGCCGGAGCUGUGGAUGCAAUCAGGUGUCACGGAGAAGUGCGACGUGUACAGCUUCGGCAUGCUCCUGCUAGAGAUCGUCGGCCGGCGGAGGAACUUCGACGAGGCCGCGCCUGAGAGCCAGCAGUGGUUCCCCAAGCUGGCGUGGACCAAGUACGAGAGCGGCGACCUCAUGGAGAUCAUCGCCACGCCGAGCCGUGACCAUUCUGUAUUGGUUAUCGACGAUGAUGCGCAGCAGUGCAAGGAGACGGUGGAGAGGAUGUGCAAGGUGGCGUUCUGGUGCGUGCAGCAGCAGCCUGAGGCGAGGCCUCCGAUGGGCGUGGUGGUGAAGAUGCUGGAGGGUGAGAUGGACAUCGCUCCUCCGGCGAACCCGUUCCAGCAUCUGAUGGCAGCACCGGUGGUGGCGAACCUGUGGACGACGACAACGAGUAGCGGGAACACGGUCUCGGCAAAUAGCAACUGUCAAACUUGUUGUAUUUAGUGUACAGAAACUUAAUCAAUAUAUUUGUAUUUUAAA